UAGCCAAAACGUCACAACUCCAAAAGAAAAAGAAAAAAAAAUCCCAAAAUCGAUUCGUUUUUUUUUUUAAUUCCUUCAUCCCUCUGAGAUCUACUCAUAAUGACAGAACCGUCGAUGGAGAGAGAGAAUAAUGGAACAUUAACGGCGGCGACAACCACUACUACGACCACGACCACGACAACAACAACAACUUCUCCUCCUCCUACUACUCCUCCUCCUAUGACAGUCUCUUCACCUCGUCAAGCAUUAGUUGAGAGAUUGAAAGAUUACGGACAAGAAGAUAUCUUCGCUCUUUGGGAUGAACUCUCACCCGACGAAAAAGAUUUCCUCGUUCGAGAUAUCGAGAAUUUGGAUCUUCCAAGAAUAGAUCGGAUCAUUAGAUGUUCACUUCACUCUCAAGGUUUACCAGUGGCGGCGAUAGAACCGGUACCGGAGAAUUGGGUAUCAACGGUGGAUGGAAGAACAAUGGAAGAUAGAGAGAAAUGGUGGAAGAUGGGAUUAAAAACUAUCUAUGAAGGCAAAUUGGGUGUUGUGCUUUUAUCUGGUGGACAGGGAACAAGGCUUGGAAUCUCAGAUCCAAAAGGAUGUUUCAAUAUCGGACUACCAUCAGGGAAAUCGCUCUUUCAGAUUCAAGCAGAGAGAAUCUUGUGUAUUCAGAGACUUGCUGCUCAAGUAGUGAGUGAAGGUCCAGUUCGUCCAGUUACAAUACAUUGGUAUGUUAUGACUAGUCCAUUUACUGAUGAAGCGACACGAAAAUAUUUCUCGAGUCACAAGUACUUUGGUCUUGAACCAGAUCAAAUCAGUUUUUUCCAACAAGGUACUUUGCCUUGCAUUACAAAGGAUGGGAAGUUUAUCAUGGAGACACCUUUCAGUUUAGCUAAAGCUCCAGAUGGUAACGGAGGAGUAUAUGCAGCGCUAAAAUGUUCAAGGCUAUUGGAGGAUAUGGCCUCUAGGGGGAUUAAAUAUGUGGAUUGCUAUGGCGUUGACAAUGUCUUGGUUAGAGUAGCUGAUCCUACUUUUCUUGGAUACUUUAUCGACAAAGGGGCUGCUUCGGCUGCAAAAGUUGUGCGGAAGGCAUAUCCACAAGAACAGGUAGGAGUAUUUGUUCGGAGAGGCAAAGGCGGACCGUUGACAGUAGUUGAGUACAGUGAGCUUGAUCAGUCUAUGGCUUCUGCUAUUAAUCAAAGAACAGGCCGUCUUCAAUAUUGCUGGAGUAACGUGUGCUUACACAUGUUCACUUUAGAUUUCCUUAAUCAAGUCGCGACCGGCCUAGAGAAAGACAGCGUCUACCAUUUGGCGGAGAAGAAGAUACCAUCUAUGAAUGGAUACACAAUGGGACUAAAACUCGAACAAUUCAUUUUCGAUUCCUUUCCAUAUGCUCCUUCAACCGCACUCUUUGAGGUGUUAAGAGAAGAGGAGUUUGCACCAGUGAAGAACGUGAACGGGUCUAAUUUCGAUACACCCGAAAGCGCGAGGCUUCUGGUUUUAAGGCUACACACACGUUGGGUUAUAGCAGCUGGUGGAUUUCUAACACAUUCUGUGCCUUUAUAUGCAACUGGUGUUGAGGUUUCACCAUUGUGCUCGUACGCCGGAGAAAAUCUUGAAGCUAUCUGUCGAGGAAGAACGUUUCAUGCACCUUGUGAAAUUUCCCUCUAAAUGGUUUUUUGUUUUUGGGGUAUUAAAAUGUUCUUCUUCAUAUUCAUAAUCAAAUCUUUGGCUUUUGCUUCUUUAA